AUGAUAAAAUCAGUCAUCCUCAUCUUAUCAUUAUUAUCUUUAAUUUCAUAUAGUGUUGCAAACCAAUUGGAAUGCACUGUUGUCGCUGGUGCUCCAUGUACAUCUGGAUCAUGUGCUACAGUUACUCUUUGUUUGACAUGGUUAGCUAAUCAAGUACAACUCAAUCCAUCAUAUAAUGUUACUGUUGUAACUUUGAACGACAAUACCUACGAUUGUCCGGGUGUUUUCCCAACUGCUUCUUUCCCAAGAUCAGCUGUUCACAUUUUCAGAACCACCAACGAUAUUAACAUUCUUUGUAAUACACCAUUUAUCGAUGUUAAUUUACCAUCACCAACCAAUAUUGUUUUCGAAGGUAUCACUUUCUAUAGACACUCACCAUUGAUUUUGGCUCCAAUGCUCAAGUUCAAGAAUUUGAAUGCCUCUGCUGCCGCACUCCCAACUUUUGUUUGGUACUCAACCGUCUUUUUGAACAACGCUACUGUCGGUGGUAUCAUCAACGGUCACAACAUCAUCAUCGAAGACUCGCAAUUCUACAACAACUCAAUCUCUGGUGUUAUCAACGCCACCGUGAGUGUUUCGAUCGACAACAGUUUCUUCACUGAGAACUUCAACAAUGUCACCAAGGGUGGUGCCGGUGUCGCCAGUGCACCAAAGAUCUUCGCCACCAGCUCGAUCUUCUCCAAGAACUACGGUGUCAAGGGUGGUGUUUUCUUCUCUGACCAAUACCAGUACAAGACUCUCGGUGUCACCGUCGAUGACUGCGAGUUCACUGAGAACACUGCCUUUGAGAAUGGUGGUGUCGCCGUUGCCUCGAACUUUGUCAUCUCCAACUCUGCCUUCCUCAACAAUGUCGCCCCAUUCGGUGGUGCCAUCAACGCCAACAACCUCAACGCCACCAACUCGCUCUUCAACAACAACACCGCAAUUCGUUCUCUUUUCAGCGGUGGUAUGGGUGGUGCUAUCAUGGCAUACAACAACGUUUCACUCGUCAACUGUCAAGUCAACGGAAACGAAGCCUAUUCUUUCGCCGGUGCCAUCUACUCUGACCAAAGCAACUCCAAGAAUACCUUCUACGCCUCGAACACCACUUUCGAUGACAACAAAGUCACCAGAUACGACGGUGCCGGUGGUGCUAUCUACUUCAGUGUCGACGAUGUCGUACUCCUCAAGGUUAACAUUGUGAACUCUUCAUUCGCCAACAAUCUCGCUGGAAAGGGUGGUGCUAUUUAUAUCACUGAUUACUAUCCAAGCAGUCCAUACAACUACGUCUUCAACAUGAAGAACACUGUUUUCUUUAAUAACUAUGCUAACGACCAAGGUGGUGCCAUCUACUUCAGAACCUAUCCAACCAAGUUGGUUGGUGGUCUCUUCAUCGACAACGAUGCCGGUGUCUCACAAACAGCCACAUUCACCAAGAUCCCAACAUCACUCAAUAUCGUCAAGGUUUUCUCAUCGAUUCUCUUGAACGCCAGCAACUAUUUGGUACCAAUCGUCAAGGAUCCAAACACCUCACCAUACGUUAUGGCCUACGGUGUUGUCGGUCACUGUCCAAACGGAUGUGCAACCAUCAGUCUUUCAGGUCAAGUCACUGCUUGUUCAACCACCACCUGUUCAUAA